AUACCGACUGCCAUUGCGUUCAAAAUCAUCACACAGAAAAUGCGUUUGGCAAUCGUUUUAAUGUCUUGCUUGUUGUCGGCCUUCGUUGCAGCUGAGCCUUACUACCCUUUUGACUACUCCGUACAACAUUCGUACUUCCGCGCUGGAUUUCCUCAUCCGUCGAUGGUUGACCGCGUCGAUCAGGAGGAUGUAAACGGACGCUUAUUUAUCGCCACCGUGACGUUGACUCUGUCGACUGUCACGACCACCUCGACGGCCAUGACCGUAUCGACGUGCACGACCUCGACCGCUGCCCUUGUGGGCUGCGUUGCUGGCCGUCGACGUCGCGACGUUGUCCCGGAAUCCGAAAAAUCUGGCCGUGGACUCUUCUACGACGAGAACGAAGCCGAGAACGAAGAAGGCACUUCAUUCUUGCCCAAACCCAAAACGGUGGAGCAAUCAGUUGACCAAGUUCCCCGGGCCGUUCGCCAAUUACCAACCUACCCCAUUCUAAUUCAGCCAGGUAUUAACGCACCUGAAAACGUGCGCGGUGGUCGAUUGGUGAUGGCUUUCGCUACGUCUACCGUUACGGCUACAACGACUUCCACAUCGAUUUCCGUCAUGGUUGCCAUUUGCAGCAGCUUAUCCACUUUCCGUACUUGCGGUUGAUUCGGCCAACAUUCGCAGUUGACACCUGAAUAAUAUGAUUGAAAAGUAAG